UGCUGCUGCUGUGUACACAACCACAGCCUCGCCUCGCACUCCCUUCCAGCUCCACACGCUCUCCUCGUCUCUGUCAAAGAUGUCUCUCAGUGACAAAAGUGACAACGAGAUCAUCGAGUUGCUCGCUGAGUAUGGCAUCAAACAUGGACCUAUAGUUGACUCAACUCGGAAGCUGUAUGAGAAGAAGCUUAAGAAGGCCAUGGAUGAAGCUGUGGUGAAGCCCUCAUCUGACAAGACCUACUACAGAGAAGAAGAGGAGGAGAUCACCUACGUCACGUACCACAGUCCGGUUAGGAAUGAAGCUUAUAGUGACACGUUGAAACGAAGGGUAAUCACUGAGCCAGAUGAAGAGGAGGAACUGGAGCAAGACACAGAGCCCCCCAUCCAGAGCACCAGGGCAGCCAAUCACACCACAGUACAGUCCAGACAGCCAAUCAAAAAGUCUGGAGGCUGCAAGUCACUGCUGAUCCGGCUGCUGCUGUUGGCCCUGGUCGCAGCUUUCCUCUACUAUGUGUACUGCUGCAUGGAGAGCAAUCCAGAAAAUCCCUUCGGACAUCUCCUAUGAUGGACGGAUCAGAUUUUUUUUAGGAUGCCAGGUUUUUUUUUUUUAACAUGACUCAGUUCAUUUAUUAAUGGAGAUUAAUGUUUUUUUUUUCUUUACUGUUUUUCUCCUCAUUUCAAUACACACUACUGUGGACUCAGAAAUGCCACAUUCCGUAAUAUUUUGAUAAAAGUCUUUGCUUGCUUGCGUGAACUGUUGCACUAUGAUCUGUAAGUGUGCUGAAGGCUUGUGUUUUGUUGCUUUACCGCAGCUUUUGUCUAGUAGAGAUGAUUUGUUUUGAUCUGUGGCAUGCACAGGAUGAUAUAAUGUAGCAUUACUUGCGUCUCUUUCAUAAAUCUUGAUCCUAUUCUACACCUGUCUCCCACAUCAUGUCCCGAGAAAGCCAAAGAUGUUUUCUUUUUCUUUAUGGCAAAUGUUAAUAAAUGGAUCGAU